AUGUCUUCGGAACAAGACAACAGUGAGCCAUCGGUAACGAAUUUCUUACUGGGGUUCGCAGUGAGUAUAGGCGCUUCAAUUAUGAAUGCGGCUGGAUUAAAUCUGUUAAAUCUCGAUCAUAUAAAAAAUUCAAGUCGACCACCAAGUUCGCAACGAAACGAGUGUGGAAGACCGUUAUGGCAUAUGGGGCUGUAUCUAUAUAUUCUUAGUCAGUUGCUUGGCAGUACGCUUGCCUUAUACUUUUUGAAAGCACAAUGGGUUGCACCGCUUGGCUCUGUUUCGCUGAUAUUUAAUUUUGUAUUUGCUCGAGCUCUUGUCGGUACGCGUAUCACUAGACAGGAUAUCGUGGGGACGUUUGUCGUGAUUGCCAGCGUAAUAUGGGUUGUCGUUUUCGGAGGAAUGAAUAAAGGAGAAGGCGACGCAAACCUUACACUCGAAAGACUCAAAGCUUUAUUCAUGCGUCCAAUUUUCAUCGUGUAUUUUUCAAUUCUUGAUCUGCUUACGUUUGGGGUGCUCGGAGUUGCAUUGUACGCGUAUUGGUUUGCAAAGAAUGAGCAACGAAAAAAAAUGCACAAUUAUUUUCGUAGUUUGGAGACUAAGCGAUUAAAGAAAAUGGUGGGAAUGGCAAUGGCUGGUGUUGGUGGAAUGCUCGCUAGUCAAACUUUACUUUUGGCUAAAAGUGGCGUUUUGCUUUUAUCAAAAUCUCUACAAGGAGACAAUCAAUUCACCGAUAAUUUGAGUUUGUUUAUUCUUUUCGGAUUGGCGGUGACUUCCGUAUUGCAGAUCUUUUGCUUAAACACGGCUUUAAAACUUCACGAUUCCGUAUUAGUAGUGCCGAUAUUCUUUGGAUUUUAUACCACCAUGGGUCUCAUAAACUCAAUGAUAUAUCUGAACGAAUUAGACUCAUAUCCAACUUGGGCAUUAUUUCUCGUGUUACUGGGUAUCGCUUCAUUAGUCUACGGUGUGUUAUUGUUAAGUGAAGCAAAAGAAACGCCAGGGAUGAUCAAACAACCACAAAGUCCAUUAGAGGAAAGCAUUGAAAUAGAAAAAAAUGAAAGCACUUUGUGGAGUGACAAUGCGAGUACAGUGGCCGGAUCGCAUAUUGAGAUUAUUGAGAAACCUAAAAAAGCUACAUCUGCUCUUAUAAGAAGUAACGAGGGAAGCAAUAACAAUAAUAAUGGUGGUAAAAUCUCAUCCUCUACCGCCUCAGGAUUCUUCAAAAUGGUACGAUUACGAAAGAAUAGUACCAGCGCAAAGUAUAGUCAACAGCGUCGGCGUUCCAGUGAUUAUGGUGAUGAUGAUCUUUCAACGGCGGCAAAUAUGGGCCCGCAUAUAAUAAUUGAUAGCGCACCUUCAGAUAACGAUGAAGAUGCGUUUAUAGAUAACCAUACAACCUUCCGUCAUCAUUAA